AAAAAAUAUUCUUAUUCCUGAAAUAAUCUUGGUGAAGACUAGUAGACGAACGGUCGCGUUCAGGUACUGUCACAUCCUUCAAAGUUACUGACGAGUUGUUAAUAGCUUCUUGACUAAAGGCAAAUACUAAUAAAGGCYUAUUUAACAUUGAACAAUAGCUAAGGAUGACGACCAAUCAGGACGCGAGUAUUGGAGUAGCCUGAAAUGAUACGGCAGUCUCACAAUAGUCCACCAUUACCAGCCCUCCCACGUCCAACGAAGUCCUCUGAUUUUCUUCUGUUUCCUAUCUACUAGAAUGAAACAGCUGCCCUAUCUUCAUAUGCCUUUUGUUUCUACCGAGAAAACAAGCUCUCCACUUAAUAGACAAAUUAUUACUGGUCAACUUCCUAAAUUUAUCCAACAGAGAGAAGCGAUUCAUAGCGGCUUUCGACAAGUUGGUAUUCGUGUUUACUGUAUUCAUUUAACCGACUGUUCGCUGCCAAACAUUUGAUACAACUCAKAAAAAUCAAGAAACCUGAGUUGCGAAAUUUUGCGGAUUGACAAUUCAUCUCUUUUGCCGGUUUGGAAACGCAAGUGUUAGGACUGGGUUGCUAACGUGUAAUUCUCAAGCAAGUUCCUGUUUGGAUAAGAGAUCUGUUUAUCGUAUUAAUACUUAAAGCGAUGGAAGAGAGUGGAUCAAAAAAUUCCCUAGUAGACUUUGUCAGCAUCGCUACUAGUAAUAUCAAACUCGCACUUGGUAGACCAGUGAAGCCUAAGCGAAAAGUCAAUCAUCGUAAAUAUUUACAACGCCAGCUAAAAGGCCGAUCGUCUUACUCGUCUACUACGACAAUUAUCGACCCGAUAAAUCUCUUCAACUUUCAAAAACCGGAAGGCAAAAUCAUGAAAAACGGGGAUGGGCUAGAAUCAUCAACAUUGAAUGGCGUGUUUAAUGCUAGCAAAACCCAUACUCAGGAUAAGAACCUUGAAAAAGCAGCAAAGCCAUGGCCGCCGAAGGAGAAACAUUCCGCACCUGUUUCACCGCUGAAGCAGACCAGGUCUGUCAACACAAGUGUGCCCAAUUUAGUAGACGUAGAUAAAGUCAUGACAGCAGUUCGAGUCCCAAUGUUGGCUAGUCCACCACCACUGAAGAAGCGCAAGGCGGCUGCAGAGGUAAUGACUUGGACGGAAGAACCUGUCAAAGUCCCUAGACAUACCCACUAUAUCACAACGAACAAAAACGUUAACCAACAGCACAAUAACGUGAACAUCGAAAAUGCAGUACAAAAGAGUAGCUCAGAACUAUUCGAAUGGUUCGGCCCUGAGUUUGACGACCUUCUCGAACGAUGGUCUGAGGUGUCAGAGAGYGCAUCUUCAGAUUCCGUAAGGACAGCAGAGUCUAACCGCUCAGGAAGUCAUUCCGAAAGUUCUUCCGGUGCUGAUCCCUAUUCUCCGAACUCUGUUUCUGAUAUAUCAGAUAACGGCAAUACAUUCGAAGACGUAUUCUACGAACAGCUUAUGCGUUUUUCUUCUUCGUCUUCUCCUGCUGAAACGAGAUCAAGUUCAUCCCUCCAAAAAUUCCACUCAGGCAACUUGAACUAUUACCAUUCACAAGGACUUACACAGAGUAAUUCACACUGUGGGUCAGAAUACCUGAUUCCCGGGUCUUCUAGUGUAGAAAGCAACACUUGGUUAAACAAGGCUAAUACUGGCCGUGUACGUUAUGCUACAAAUAUGGAUUAUACCGCUUUUUCUUAAACAAUUCCGCUUUUCAUUUCGAGUCUCCGUAAUAGGAACAAUAUACGAAACUGAGCGGUAGUUCUUUACUAACCAAAUCUCUUUGAUCAAUUCUCAUGAUCGAGAAAAUAGAUAACUGUAUAUACCGUCAAUUUGUUUUUCUCAUGCAAGUCUUGAAAGCUUGUUAGUACAGGCCCAGACUAGAAGAGAUCACUGGUAACUCUUGACUAUUUUUCUCAUUGACAUUAACACUUUCUUAAUUACCAAUUUUGGGCUUUUGUUCAAGGAUAUUUCACCCAAAAAUAAUCGUAUUUUUGUAAUAAUUCUUAAGGAGAAUAGAUCUAUGUAUUACAUCUUCAGACGAAAACUGUAUAACUAGCUAUGAUCGAAUUCUAGUAUUUUGAGCAUUAAAUGCGAGUAUUUCUAUACUCAUUCUUGUUAAAAUUGAA